AUGGAUGGCACUUUGCGUGACACUGCAGCGCUGGCGCCCGAGGAGCAGCCAAAGGGGCGCUCACAAGCUGCCCCCUCCCGCCGCCCCUCCUUCGACUUUGGGACCAGCUUCGAGGUCAGCUUUCUUGCCGAGCAGUGCUCUGCUGCCACGUCAGGAGGCACGUGCCCCCUUCCGGAGGACCUCUUUCCGGACGUCACUGACUCCGACCACGUUCCCAGCUUCGACUUUGGCCCGGAGCGACAGGGAGGCGCCCUGUCCGUCUCGACCGGGUCCGAGGCGUUUACAAUGCAAAGUCUGUCCACCAACGGGAGCUCAAGUGACGAUCUGGACGAGCUGCUGACGUGGCUUGACAAAGACGUCCCGCUGCUGGGGUUCCGGCCGAGCGACGUGGGCGUUUCUCCUCUGCGCGGAGCAGCCGCGGAGCAGCAGGAGGUGACCUCCCCCGUUCCCUGCAGCCUCGAUACUGCCUCGGAGCCGCGGCCGCGCUUCGCGGACCGCACUCCCCGACCGGAGGCGCCCGUGCCGUUGCUUCGCAUCCGGAUCAAGUCGCAGGCAUGGACGCGGCCCGUCAUUGUUGUCGCCGAUCCCCCGGGCGCCGCGUUCAAGAAGCCCAGCUCCGUUGGGGUGCACUCGGUCCGGACGUUCCCCCCGACCAACACGGCCCCGCAGGCUGGCCGCUCACAGCGGAGCCCCAGCCUAGACGUGAACGGGCUGCAGAGCUGCGGCAGCACCGAGUCGUUCAAGUUCGUUGUGCCCGGCCCGACGCACGCGGUCAGCGGGGUGGCCGGCGAGGGGGGGUGUGUUGUCAAGAAAAGGCGUGCCGGCGGGCGGCACAAGAGGACGGACGCCUGGGCGGGGAAGCCUCUUCACGAGCCUCUGACUAACCCGCUCGUGGCGACUUUCACCUCAGAAGGCGAUAGCCAGCUCGAGGGGCCGAACAUGGACGACGCGUUUGCGAGCUUCUCUGGGCGGGGGAUUGGAGAGAUCUGUGCGGCGGAGACAGCGGAGCUGGAGGGCGAGGGAAGCGAGCCAGAGUUUGUGGACAAUGUCUCCAGGCGGCCCGGGCUGAGGGUGGUCCGGAGGCGAAUCCACGUGGCACUUGAGGAGGACGGGGACGGCGGCGAAAGGGAGAGCCCGGGCCGGCAGGCCAAGUGGAAGCGGAAAGCACCGCGAGCUCCGCAGGCCCACCGCAGGGUGUUUGUCAUCCCGCCGGCCAUAGCCGAGGCGCCGACAUCGGGGCUGGUGAUCGUGUGA